UUCAUUUUUUUAUUUUCUGACCAAAACGGCAUGUUCCCCUGGCCGGAAGGGAUGCAAUCCUCAAUCCCCGAACUGACCUUCAUCUCCUUGCCCGAUUCCCCCUGAAUCAUCCCAUGUUUUUCCUCCAGCAAGGUCACGAGCUCCUUAAGCAGCGCCCCGGCGCCGGCCCUGUCGCAGGCGGAGGUGUGGAGGCAGAGCGCGAGCACCGAAUUUCCGGUGUCGGAGGAAGGUUUGGGAUUCUGCCAGGAGUUGGUGUUGAGCUCGUGCUCGAGGAUGAGGUGCAAGGGGGGGAUGGGAUUGGAAUUGGGAGACGAGAAUGUGAGAGGUGGAUUGGGAAUCGAAGGGGCGGAUUUGGAGGUAGGGGGAUUGGGGGGUGACGUAGGAGAAGGAGUUGGAGGAGGGGUCGAAGCGGAGCCUGGAGUUGAGGAUGGGGUGGGAGGAUUGGAGGCUUCAGAGGGCGUUUUCAAGGAGGGAGACGUCGGGGGCUUCGAGAAGAGGAGGGCCAGGACGGUGAUUCCGGUGCCGGUGGGGAUGGCGCGGCACCAGCUCAGCUCGGUGGGGCACACGGCGCGGGAGGAGGAAACCGACAUUAUUGAUUCCCGACCAAUCAUGCUCUUCGACGGUGUGUGCAAUGGAGGUGUGAAGAUUGUUCGAGAUAAUGACAGGAGAAGGCUGCAUCAUCAAAUUUUCUUCGCAAGUUCUUCAACCAUCUACAACUCUCUAUAA